UAUCAAUGUUGUUAGAGGAACAAAAUCUUCCGAUGAAGAACUGUUCCAAAUAUACAGUCACUCAGAAAGAAUCUUUCAUUUCAAGGAUUAGUGCAAGAUUCAUUGUGCUACUUUGGGGUGAUAAAUCAUCCCUAAAUAGUAAAGCUGUGAUGGACAUACCAGUUUAUGACUACAAUGAUAUCACUGAACUUGGACGAGAAAAUCGCAAUGCAUUAUGCUACUCAAGCGAGCUAUCCGAGCAAGGUCAGCAAGGUGUCUUCGAAGCUAUUGGUCCAGAAGACAUUGCAACCCUAAUAUAUACUAGCGGAACAGGUGGCACACCAAAAGGCGUGAUGCUUACCCACCGAAAUCUCUUGCAUCAGAUAAAUAACUUAUGGGAGAUUGUUCCAGCAGUACCUGGUGAUAGGUUCCUCAGCAUGCUUCCACCCUGGCAUGCAUAUGAGCGUUCUACUGAGUACUUCAUCUUCACUCAUGGAAUUCAACAAGUUUACACUACUGUGAAGCACCUGAAGGCAGAUUUGCAGCAGCACCAACCUCAUUAUAUUAUCUCUGUACCACUGGUCUAUGAAACUCUGUACAGUUCGAUUCAGAGGCAGAUAUCGGCUAGUUCUCCUGCUCGGAAAGCUGUGGCCCUUGCACUUAUCAAGAUAAGUUUGCUAUUUAUGGAGGCGAAGAAGAUAUAUGAGGGAACAGUCUUAUCAAACAGUCCUGUCAAGCCAUCAUUCAUUUCCUACAUGUUCAAUUAUGUACGGGCAAGAAUCGUCGCUGCUUUUUUGUGGCCUUUGCAUAAUCUGGCAAAGAUGUUAGUCUACAAGAAAAUCCAUUCUUCAAUCGGAAUUUCGAAGGCUGGUAUUAGUGGUGGUGGAAGUCUCCCAAUGCAUGUGGACAAGUUUUUUGAGGCUAUUGGUAUCAAAGUGCAAAAUGGCUACGGUCUAACAGAGACUUCCCCUGUUGUAGCUGCUAGACGGCCAUUCUGCAAUGUUCUUGGCACAGUUGGCCACCCAAUAAAGCAUACAGAAAUCAAGAUUGUGGACAUAGAGACAGGAGAGGUGCUCCCAGAUGGUUCAAAGGGGAUUGUGAAGAUUAAAGGACUGCCAGUAAUGAAGGGAUAUUAUAAGAAUCCAUCUGCUACAAAUAAAGCUUUGGAUCAAGAAGGUUGGUUCAACACUGGAGAUAUAGGUUGGAUUGCACCUCACCAUGCCACAGGGCCUAGUCGAAAGUGUGGAGGGAUGCUUGUUCUUGAAGGGCGUGCAAAGGAUACGAUAGUUCUCACUACGGGUGAAAAUGUUGAACCUGCUGAGCUUGAGGAAGCAGCAAGCAGGAGUAGCUUGAUUGAUCAGAUAAUGGUUAUUGGCCAGGAUCGGCGACGCCUUGGUGCUAUUAUAGUCCCCAAUAAUGAUGAAGUUCUAGCAGCAGCAAAAAAAAAGUCUAGCCUUGAUGGGAAUAACGGACUAGCAAAAGAUACAGUCAUGAGCUUGCUAUAUGCUGAGCUGAGAACUUGGAUGGCGGGUUGCUCAUUCCAGAUUGGCCCUAUUCUUGUUGUCGACGAACCAUUUACGAUUGAUAACGGUUUGAUGACACCGACCAUGAAGAUAAGAAGGGACAAAGUGGCGGCCAAGUAUCAGGGUGAGAUUGAAGCGUUGUACAAGUGAGAUGUGGGCCCUGGUUGAUGGACUUGCGCACUGAGAAUUGGUGUGAAAUAAAUAAAUAAAUUUUGGCAUGGACAUUUCCCAGUAAUGAAUAAAGUGUGUGAAACAAAUGAAAGAAGGAAAAAAAAGAAAGCAAGACAGCUACAGAGGUCAUAUUUCUCUCAAAAAUGUUGAAUAAUCGUAUAUAUUCAUUUAGCAGAGCUUCAUCGGAUCA